AUGUAUCUACGUUGAAGUUUUUCUUUGCUGUCAGUUUAGAUAUUUGGAUUAAGUAGCAUGGAGAUAUUACCGUCUGUUUAUAUUUCGUAUUGUUGGCUACUUCAUUGAUUAUAUUAAACACGAGGCAUUCGAAAUUAAACUAGUGAAGAUGAACAAAUUAUUUGUGUUAUGGCUUUGAAAGUUUAUCAUGUUUACGUAUUAUGGAUUUGUUUGAUGUGUCCUUCGGCGUGCGCGGACGAUGUUUUCGAGACGGAAUUCCCCGAGGACCGCUGGGUCUUCAGGAACGCUAAGCAACAGGAUCUGUUGAGCGCCGCCUGUUCAAACGUCCACCCCUCAAGCAAGGACUUCGUAAAGCGCUUUUAUGCUAUCCUACCAUACUUUGACAAGGAUCAUUCGAACAUUGAGUUCCUUCACAAGCUCCGCGGGACGAUAUACGCGAUGGCCGAAGGCGACGACAAGCUGGACCGGGAGGCUGCGAUCUACGCGACUGUAUUGAUACCGAUUGUGUUCUUGCAUAGAUACCGAGACACCUGGUGUCUUCUUGAAAGGUUUCACAGAGGAUUGCGCAUCUAUCAAAUAUCACAUCCCACUGAAAAGAGGAUCGCACUGAAGCUACUCCAAAAUCUUAAGCCAGUCGAGCAUAAGAUCCGUUCCUUCAUCUCUGAUCUGCCGGGAUCUCCUCCCGUCACUCGUACGUCUCAUCCUCGUCUAGAAACGGAUGACGAGGAGCUAUACGAUCGGAAGGACGUUAAAUAUUUGAAAGAACUAAUAAAAAAUCUUGGGUAAUCA